UGCCUAAGUGUGUUUGUAAGUAUAUAUGUUCCUUCAAUCUUAAUAUUUCAGCACCUAAACUUUGAUCCUACCAACCGUUUGUUGAAAGGUGUCUUAUAAAGUGCUUUGAACCCAAGCAAACUGCGAAAUCAGGCACUGGUGGGAAAAUGUUAGUAACAAAAGUUAGAACAGUUUUCAAUUUCUUCAACCACCCCUUGUCAAUGCAGUCUUUGAUAGAUCGCAGGAUCCAAUCCCUCUUCCCAAUUGCGUUGUACUCAAUUCUGAUCUUAGGAGCUGCAAGGUUAGUGCUAGAUAGUUUGAAGAUGAAGCAGAGCUCUGUUCUGAGACUCUAUGGCAUGCCACAUGGUGGAAGAAGCAGAUUACCUGUUGUAAUUUCGGCAGAGGACCGAUUUGAGGAUAAUUGCAACGUGUUUGAAGGGACUUGGGUUUGGGACAAUAUGUCCUAUCCUCAGUAUGAAGAAGAGAGUUGCCCUUACUUGGUCAAGCAAACCACAUGCCACAAGAAUGGUAGACCUGAUUCAUUCUACAAGAAUUGGAGGUGGCAGCCUAAAGGAUGCAACCUCCCAAGAUUUAACGCUUUGAAGAUGUUGAACAUGUUGAGGGACAAGAGGAUAAUGUUCAUUGGAGACUCAUUACAGAGAGGCCAAUUUGAGUCCAUGAUCUGUUUGAUACAAUCUGUAAUUCCUGAAGGAAAGAAAUCCCUCCAAAGAAUUCCACCGAUGAAAAUCUUCAAAAUCGAGGAGUUCAAUGCAUCGAUUGAGUACUAUUGGGCUCCAUUCAUUGUGGAAUCCAUUUCAGAUCAUGCAACAAAUCACACAGUGCACAAGAGAAUGGUCAAGCUAGACUCAAUAAAUAGCCAUGGCAAACAUUGGAAAGGAGUGGACAUUCUGGUGUUCGAGAGCUAUGUUUGGUGGAUGCACAAACCUUUGAUCAAUGCUACGUAUGGAUCACCACACCAUGUCAAAGAAUAUGAAGUUACCACAGCAUACAAGUUGGCUUUGGAAACAUGGGCUAAUUGGUUAGAAUCAAACAUCAAACCACUGACUCAAAAGGUGUUUUUCAUGAGUAUGUCUCCAACACAUCUGUGGAGCUGGGAAUGGAAACCUGGAAGCAAUGAAAACUGCUUCAAUGAGUCAUACCCAAUCCAAGGUCCAUACUGGGGUACAGGCUCAAAUCUUGAAAUUAUGAAGAUAAUACAUGAUGCACUACAAGUACUGAAAAUAGAUGUCACCCUUUUGAAUAUCACACAAUUAUCAGAGUACAGAAAAGAUGCUCACACAUCAGUUUAUGGGGAGAGAAAGGGCAAGCUAUUGACCAAAGAACAAAGAGCCAACCCAAAAGAUUUUGCUGAUUGCAUUCACUGGUGCCUACCUGGAGUCCCAGAUGCAUGGAAUGAAAUCCUAUAUGCAUAUCUAUUGAAGGGUUAUCAAAACUUCUCUUGACGUGGGCAGAGAAGCCAUGAAAGAAAGCACAAGCAUCUCUCAAAUGGGGGGCACACAUCUUUUUUUCAUGCUGAUCAUCAUUCAAUUUCAUUUUCAGAAACAAACACUUUUUGUAAAACAGAUGAAAAUACCAUUUAACUAACUAUCAAUAUCAAGUAGAUAGAUACCAUUUAUACACCAAGUAAAACAUUUUUC